AUGGCGACAUUGAUAGCCUCCUCCUCAUCGACUGCGGGUGCACCCACCUCGACCUCGUCGAGCGAUACCAAGAAGCUUGCCAUAACCGCUCAACUCAUCUCAGCCUUCAAACCAGCCAAAGUCUUUACGCAGUACGUCGCCAAAGGCACCUGCGUCACCUCUGCCUCGUUCGACGACGCCGGCCAUCAAUGUAUCACAGCAGGCGAAGACGACUAUAUGCACAUCUACGACGUCCGCCCAGGCACACACAAAACCAAGAUUGCCUCGCUCAAAUACGGUGCGCAUCUGGCACGCUUCACCCACGACAAAGACUCGAUCCUCUAUGCAUCUACCAAAGAGAACAAUGCUUUACGGUACUGUAACACCAAAACCAAAGUCUACACACGCUAUUUUGAAGGACACGAGAACAAAGUCGUGUCUCUCCAAAUGAGUCCUCAGAACGACACGUUCUUAUCAGGCAGCGUAGACGAAGCGGUGAAGUUGUGGGAUCUGAGAGCACCAAGCGCUCAAGGUCAUAUGCAUCUGAAAGGGCAUCCCGUAGUAGCGUAUGAUCCGACAGGGAAAGUGUUUGCAGUGGCGAUCAAUGAACGAUCAGCUGUCCUCCUCUACGAUAUUCGCAAAUUCGACCAAAUGCCUUUCCUCGUGGUUCAUCUCGACGACUCUGCAGCGCUCAGCAAAGUAUCAAUGCCACCCAGGAUGCCGAUCAUCACCUCGUUGACGUUUACAAACGACAGCCAGUAUCUUUUGUUGGGAACGUCAGGGGACGUGCAUUAUGUCAUCGACACUUUCUCAGACGGAGGUCAGGUUGUGGCAAGGCUGAUCGGACAUGAAGGAUUGGAGAAGGCUUCAGGGGUGGGGAUAGGAAUGGUGGCUGAAGCAGGGAUAAGUGGGCAAGAAGUGUGCUGGACGCCAGAUGGGAAGUGGGUCUUGUCGGGUUCGGCAGAUGGUUCGGUGGUGUUCUGGUAUAUCGAUCUGGAAGAGGCAAAAAGGAAUGAAUUUAGGAAUUUGAGACCCAAGUAUAAGCAGAGUGGACAUGAUGGUGCCAGUCGGGUGCUGGCAUUUAAUCCCAGAUAUGCUCAGAUCCUGAGCGCAGGGGCAGAAGUGGCAUUUUGGUUGCCAGAUCUACCCGAGCAAGUGUAG